UUUUUGGUACCUAUUUGUAUUUUGUUGACAUGUUUUUAAUUUUUGAAUUUUGACUUUUCAUUCUCAGUUCUCAAAUUCUCAAUGAUUUUAGUAUAGAGAACUUCUUAUUAAUUUUACAGUUGUUAGUUUUUAUUGUGUAAUUAAAUUCAUAUUAUUACCCAAAUAUUAAUUGUAAAUAGAUACUGACAUCUAUUCUUCACAUUUUUUACCAGGAAAUAUUAACUUAUCUAGAAUAACAAAUCCUUUAAAAGUCUAAUUAAAGAUGGAUUGUACUUGGCUUAAAACAUCCCCAAGCUUAAAAAAGGGUAUUGAAAUUAUAAAUCAGUUGGACGAAAGUAGAUUUGAGCAGUUUCUUAGGAGGAUUGUUGUAAAAUUGAAACUUCAAGAUUCAGAAAUUUUCACUGAAGAAGAAAAAAGUAAAUUGGAAAAAUUAUUCCAAAUAAAUGAAGAACAAUUGAUGUUAGCUGUCAAAACUAUUCUAUAUAUAUUUAAAAGGCUACUAAAGUUUAUAUUUAUGCCAAUUAAUUUAAGAAAUGAUUUAUUUAGUAUUGGUUUUAACAAUGAAAAAACAAAUUUCAUUAUUAAAGUUUGGUCAACUGAAACUAGUGUGAUACUAAAUGAUAUGGCCUCAAGUUCAAAAGAAAAGUAUGAAGAGGACCCUAUUUUUCAUUGGAAGCUUAAUGCUGAACUAAGUUCUGAAUAUCAAAAAAAAAGUAAAAUACCAAAAGCUUAUAUUUCAUUUCUAGGUAAAGAUGAUAAUACAGAAAUUGAAGUGACUCAUCAAGAUCUUAAUUCAAUAUUUUUGCAAUUUGAAGUAAUUCAAAAUGAGUUGGAUAAUUUGUUGUAGUAUUAACAAAUAUUAUUCUUUGUAAAACAAUGUGCCUUCUAUGUUGAAUAUUUUAAAUAUAUAAUUUACUUUGUAAAUGUUCUUCUUUAUAUACUUACUAACAGACA